CCUUUUUAGUCCCGCCCGCCGCUCCAGGCGCGAGGGAUUACGUCGCGGCUCCGCCCCCUGAGCCGUGCGUGUGGCGUCACUUCCGGCUUCUCUUUCCUCGGGUCCGGGCGCGAGCACUAAGGGACUAGCGUGUGUGCCGAACUCGUCGGAACCAUGGCGUCCCUUUCCCUUGCUCCUGUUAACAUCUUCAAGGCCGGGGCGGAUGAGGAGAGAGCCGAGACAGCCCGUCUGUCUUCCUUUGUGGGUGCGAUUGCUAUUGGAGACCUGGUCAAGAGCACCCUGGGGCCUAAAGGCAUGGACAAGAUUCUGCUAAGUACUGGACGAGAUGCCUCUCUUAUGGUAACCAAUGAUGGUGCAACUAUUCUGAAAAACAUUGGCGUUGACAAUCCAGCAGCUAAAGUUUUAGUUGAUAUGUCAAGGGUUCAAGAUGAUGAAGUUGGUGAUGGAACUACCUCUGUUACUGUCUUAGCAGCAGAAUUACUAAGGGAAGCAGAAUCCUUAAUUGCAAGAAAGAUUCAUCCACAAACCAUCAUUUCCGGUUGGAGAGAAGCCACAAAAGUGGCGCGACAGGCUCUGCUACAUUCUGCAGUUGAUCAUGGCUCUGAUGAAGUAAAAUUCCGUCAGGAUUUAAUGAACAUUGCAGGAACAACAUUAUCCUCAAAACUUCUUACUCAUCACAAAGAUCACUUUACUAAGUUAGCUGUGGAAGCUGUUCUCAGACUGAAGGGCUCUGGUAAUCUGGAGGCGAUUCACGUCAUCAAGAAGCUAGGAGGAAGUCUGGCAGAUUCCUAUUUAGAUGAAGGCUUUCUGUUGGAUAAAAAGAUUGGAGUUAAUCAACCAAAGCGAAUUGAAAAUGCUAAAAUUCUUAUUGCAAACACUGGUAUGGAUACAGAUAAAAUAAAGAUAUUUGGUUCCCGGGUGCGAGUUGAUUCUACAGCAAAGGUUGCGGAAAUAGAACACGCAGAAAAGGAAAAAAUGAAGGAGAAAGUUGAGCGUAUUCUGAAGCAUGGGAUAAAUUGCUUUAUUAACAGGCAAUUGAUAUAUAAUUAUCCUGAACAGCUUUUUGGUGCCGCUGGUGUCAUGGCUAUUGAGCAUGCAGACUUUGCGGGUGUGGAACGCCUCGCUCUUGUCACAGGUGGUGAAAUUGCCUCUACUUUUGACCACCCAGAACUAGUGAAGCUUGGAAGUUGCAAGCUUAUUGAGGAAGUCAUGAUUGGAGAAGACAAACUCAUUCACUUUUCUGGGGUAGCCCUUGGUGAGGCUUGCACUAUUGUUCUUCGCGGAGCUACUCAACAAAUUAUAGACGAAGCAGAAAGAUCUUUACAUGAUGCUCUCUGCGUUCUUGCACAAACUGUGAAGGAUCCUAGAACAGUUUAUGGAGGAGGAUGUUCUGAGAUGCUGAUGGCUCAUGCUGUGACACAGCUUGCCAACAGAACUCCAGGCAAAGAAGCUGUUGCAAUGGAAUCCUAUGCAAAAGCACUGAGAAUGUUGCCAACUAUCAUAGCUGACAAUGCAGGCUAUGACAGUGCAGAUCUGGUGGCACAGCUACGAGCUGCCCAUAGUGAAGGCAAGACAACUGCUGGAUUGGAUAUGAAAGAAGGUACCAUUGGUGAUAUGGCACUUUUAGGCAUAACAGAAAGUUUCCAAGUAAAGCGACAAGUUCUUUUGAGUGCAGCUGAAGCAGCAGAAGUGAUACUACGCGUGGACAACAUUAUCAAAGCGGCACCAAGGAAACGUGUCCCUGAUCACCACCCCUGCUAAGCAUUCCCACGUACUGUUGAGCUCUGGACCAGUGAUAGUAAAAUUGUAUUUGAAAGACUUCUGCCCCUUAAAGAUGACUUUGGAGUUGAAGUAGAUAUGUGGCUGUUAUAUCCUUAAGUUUGGACAUUUAACUGACCUUCUAUUUUAACAUGGGUCUAAUUUAUUUACUAUUCAUUUUCCAUAUAAUUCAAUUGAUUUUUAAAAGUUCUUUUCUCAUAUUGUACACCAAAAUAAAAGCUUGAACAGUUACUUGGUU